AUGGAGCACAUUGCAUCCACCGACAUUGACGUUGUCGGGCUUCUUAGCAAGAACAAUGCCUACGAUUAUAUCAUCGUAGGAAGCGGCAUGGGAGGUGGCCCUCUCGCCGAAGUCCUCUCUCAAAGAAAGAAAAAAGUACUCCUCAUUGAACGAGGACAUCCUAUCUUCAAUACCCACGUUCUUAAUACCUCACGCCCAUACUUCAAGCGCGGAGCUAGUAACUCCCCUGAAGGCAAUGAGGCUAUCUAUGACGCCGUCAAAGCCAAAGUGCGCUGCACCGAAGGUUCCACCCCAUACAUCGGUGGGCCUGUCUACUGCGUAGGUGGUAGAUCCAAUCUUUGGGGUAUUUGGACUCCACAGAUCAGCAAGCCGACUCUGGACUCCCACUUCCCUGAGGAUAUUACCAAAUACCUCACCGAGAAGCAAAAGGUCUACAACCGUGAAGGCGAGGAGUUUGAAGUGAAUGGAUAUGAUUAUGCAUUCAAUUUCAUAACUGACUAUUCUCAAAGCACUGCUGUAUACCCUAAAGGUAGCGGCCAGAUAACGGCCGAAGCUCUUGAAGGCGUACGAGUCAGCCUAAAUGGAGCCUUACCUGGUUCAAACUUCGACCUCAUGCCAGUUGCGGCACAAUUUAACUCUGCGGCCCCGUAUAAGUUCCCCCAGGGUGCAUACAGUACCACAUUGGCGCUGAUGAAUCGAAUCUAUGCACACGAUCGGUAUUUGACAGUACUUCUGAACACGGAAGUACUUUCCGUUGAGCAUGAAACAGUUGGGUCCGACGAUAAACGAAAGGCUACCUCCAUCCUCGUCCGUCAUACAGAUGGUGAAAAUAGAAUGAUUAAGAACCUUGAUGUUGGCACUGCGGAAGUAAUUCUAGCUGCAGGAUCUAUUUGUACACCAGCGAUAGCACUCAACAGCGGUUUCGGGUCCUUCAAGUCUCUCGGACUUGUAGGAAAGGGCCUUAUUGACCACGACGUAUGCUAUGUUCGAUUCGCCAAAUUGAAGUCCGGUGGAUUGACAAUGGCACCUGUCAACAUGAAAACAAUCUUACCGGUCGCAGGUAAAACCUGUUUGGUCACCGUGACUGUCAAUGCCAACUUUUUCUUGGCUGGCAGCUCCGCAUCACUCCCCACGAAUCAUUACUAUUCUCUUAAAAAGAAUCGUCCUUUCGAACUGAAGAAGGGGCUUAGCGAUGUUAAUGAAGAUGACUAUGAUACCAUUUGUGUGUUGUUCGAGUUUGUGGGUGAGUUGAACGAUGGGAACGAGGUCCUCAGUACUCCUGGAAAGGAUCCUGUCAUCCACAUUGUUCGGCCACCACUUGGUCCAGACGUACAGUGUGCGAUGGAGGAUAUAUGUGCCAGGAUCAGGAACUUGUUCCUUUACGACAAACCAGACUUUGCCAGCGACCUCCCAGCUCCACGACCAGUACAACUCGGCUUUGGAGUCUUCUCCCAUGAGUGUGGCACCAUGCGGAUGGAUGGACCUAAAAGCACUGACGGUGUUGUUGACUCCAAUCUCAGGGUCAAGAACUUCGAAAAUCUUUCAGUUUGUGAUCUAUCCGUCUUCCCGGUCAGUCCGGAAGCAAAUCCAGCACUCACAUUGGUGGCACUUUCAUUGAGGAUGGCAGACAAAUUUGCACCUCCGGUUGUCAAUCCAAAGUUCCCUCCAAUAAGAGUCCCCCAAGAGCCUUCGACUGGGUACAUGGGUGAGCCCGGCGGAGAGGGUGGAGACUGUGGUAGUGGUGAAGGUGGGGCUGGGGGUGGUGCGGGCGAGAUUACUAGGUAUUUGCCUUGGCCUCUAGUUGAAUAA